AUGAACACUGUGACAAAGGUCUUGCUAAUUAGUUUGACUAUUCUUAGUACAUCGGUGCCUCUAGUAGUCUCAAGCAGCACUGCCAGUCCUUUGUCCUCAGAAGGUCCUUCUGCAGCAUCCUCGUCUAGCUCAAGCAUCAGUAGCUCCAUUCCCUCAAGUGCGUCCAAGAUUUCAUCGAGUGGCUCCUUGCAAAUUGGCUCAUCCUCACCACCUUCUUCUUCUGGCUCGGGCAGUGUCGUAUCGAACCCUUCUGCAAGUUCUGCCGCAUCCACACCAAGACAGACAUCGUCUCAAUCUGCUUCGGUUGCCACAUCAGGCAGUUCAGCUUCUGCACCGUCCGCUGCCGUUUCGCAGAUCUCUUCUCCAUCCUCCUCCUCUCGCUCUUCGUCCAGAAUCAGUUCGUCUGGCGCUCUAACGAGCUCGAGCUCGAGCUCAUCCUCGUCUUCUCGUGUUGCUUCCCUAUCAAGCACGAGCUCUGUAGUAUCUGCGGCACCCACACCAGUCCGCAACUUUGGCAAACGUGGUCUGUCUUACAACAAGGCAAAUCUCACUACGCCCUUCUCCCUCAGUGGACAGGGUAGCCAGGUCUCUUGGGCCUACGACUGGUUCUAUGCAUCGUGCACCACUCCCGGCGUCAACGAUUGCAACUUCAACCCAGCGCUUGAGUUUGUUCCUCUGCUUUACAACAACGAUCCCAAUCUUUUGUCCAAAUGGUUCGCUGCAGCUCAGAUCGCUAUUGACAAUGGUUCUACCGCCCUCAUGUCAUUCAACGAGCCCGACUACUGUAUCGAUGGCAGUGCUUGUAUGAAUGUGUCUACGGCGGUCGUGUUCCAUCAACAAUAUAUGCAGCCCUUUGCUGGCAAAGCUCUGAUUGGCGCCCCUGCUGUCACCAACGCUGGUGGCACGGAUGCCGCUCCUGUGGGCUUGCAAUAUCUGCAGUACUUCCUCGGCAACUGUACGGGUUGUACCAUCGACUUCAUCAACCUCCACUGGUACAGCAACAAGUACGCAGGCGCUUCGUACCUCGAGUCACACAUCAACUCUGCCCGUGCCAUAGCUACAGGACGACCUAUCUGGAUUACUGAGUUUGGUUUGAACAGUGAGUUCAGCUAUACCGAUGCUGAACUUCAGGCUUUCUUGCAGAAAGCUAUGCCAUGGAUGGAUCAGCAGCCUGAUGUGGCUAGAUAUGCGUACUUUAUGGAUGCACCUGGAAUCUUGAUCAAUUCUGCUGGCAAUGCGAUCAGUGGGACAGGUAUCGUCUACAACAGUUUCACCAACAAUACGCGGCAGCCUAACGCAUACACUUGA